UGCUUGUCCCAAACUCGGUACUGGUGAGGGAGCAUUUCCAGCCCCUCGGAAUGGCCACCAUCACCUGCAAUCGCUUCACUGAGGAGUACCAGCUCUUUGAGGAACUGGGCAAGGGUGCUUUCUCCAUUGUCCGGAGAUGUGUGAAGGUGUUGGCAGGACAAGAGUAUGCAGCCAAGAUCAUCAACACCAAGAAGCUCUCUGCUCGAGAUCACCAGAAGCUGGAACGAGAAGCCCGGAUCUGCCGCCUGCUGAAGCACCCCAACAUCGUGAGGCUCCAUGACAGCAUCUCUGAAGAGGGCCAUCACUACCUGAUAUUUGACCUGGUCACUGGUGGGGAGCUGUUUGAGGACAUUGUGGCCAGGGAAUACUACAGCGAAGCGGACGCCAGCCACUGCAUCCAGCAGAUCCUGGAGGCCGUCCUGCACUGUCACCAGAUGGGGGUGGUCCACCGGGAUCUCAAGCCUGAGAACCUGCUGCUGGCAUCCAAGCUGAAGGGUGCUGCUGUCAAGCUGGCUGACUUCGGCCUCGCCAUAGAGGUGGAAGGGGACCAGCAAGCAUGGUUUGGUUUUGCUGGCACCCCGGGAUACCUCUCUCCCGAGGUGCUCCGGAAGGAUCCCUAUGGCAAAGCCGUGGACCUUUGGGCUUGUGGCGUCAUCCUCUACAUCCUGCUGGUUGGGUACCCGCCCUUCUGGGAUGAAGACCAGCACCGACUCUACCAGCAGAUAAAGGCUGGGGCUUAUGAUUUCCCCUCCCCUGAGUGGGACACAGUGACUCCCGAAGCGAAAGAUCUCAUCAACAAGAUGCUGACCAUAAACCCAUCCAAGCGCAUCACAGCAGCAGAGGCUCUGAAGCAUCCCUGGAUAUCACACCGUGCCACUGUGGCAUCAUGCAUGCACAGGCAGGAGACGGUGGAUUGCCUGAAGAAGUUCAAUGCCCGGAGGAAGCUGAAGGGGGCCAUCCUCACCACCAUGCUGGCCACCAGGAACUUCUCCGGAGGCAAGAGCGGUGGCAACAAGAAGAAUGACGGCGUGAAGAAAAGAAAGUCCAGUUCCAGCGUUCAGUUAAUGGAAUCGUCGGAGAGCACCAACACCACCAUCGAGGAUGAAGACACCAAAGUACGGAAACAAGAAAUCAUUAAAGUCACAGAGCAGCUGAUCGAAGCAAUAAGCAAUGGUGACUUUGAGUCCUACACGAAGAUGUGUGACCCUGGCAUGACUGCCUUCGAGCCCGAGGCUCUGGGCAACCUCGUGGAAGGCCUGGAUUUCCACCGAUUCUACUUCGAAAACCUGUGGUCCCGGAACAGCAAGCCUGUGCACACGACGAUCCUGAAUCCCCAUAUCCACCUGAUGGGAGACGAGUCCGCCUGCAUCGCCUAUAUCCGCAUCACACAGUAUGUGGAUGCGGGAGGGAUUCCCCGCACUGCCCAGUCCGAGGAGACCCGCAUCUGGCACCGCCGGGAUGGCAAAUGGCAAAUUGUCCACUUCCACAGAUCCGGUGCACCCUCGGUCCUACCACAGUAACCCCUCUGAAGUGCGGUCCUGCCCGUGUCGGGUUUGUCACUGACUGACUACCAAGGGGACGCCCCCUCCGACAUCUUCACCUACGGGACUUUGGCUGUUGGCUCUGCUGCUUGGUUCCCGCUGGAAUAACCCCUCGCUUCUCACUGCACACACGCAACAGCCCUGCCGGCACCCCGCAAACAUCCCAUCGAACCCCUCCACCCCGCCGGGGACCCCUUCCUCUGCAUGAACCAAGAAAAGAGAAACCAUGAACCUAAACCCGAGUGUCUGGCCAGUGAGGUGAUGUGCCCUCAGCUGCAUGGCGUUGGUGGGACCCCCCCACUAUCCAGCACGUCUCCU